AUGGCUCUAAGAUCUGCCAGUGGGAUCUGUAAAUUGGGGCUAUUACUGGCUUAUUUUUUGAUGAUGUCCGAUGUACCACUGAGCAGCUCCGUCAGUCUAGAUUUAACUGAACUACGAAAUAAAGUUUCCAAAAUCAAAGUAAAUCCACGAGGCAAUCUGUGGGCGACAGGUCAUUUUAUGGGGAAGAAAAGUAUUGUGGACAGCCCGGUGUUGGAGUCUCCAGAGCCAAAAAUGAACUCUAUCCAAGCAUCCAUAGAUCCUUCAAGCGACGCGGAUAAUUUGCGGGAGCUGAUCACUCAGGAGGUGCUGAAAGUGGCGCUUCAAGCUCAGCUCCAAGAUGUCCAGGGGGGAGACGAUUCUCCUAAUCAGGAUACCGACUUUUUAUUAAAAUUGUUGAAAAGCUACACUGGAAACAGAAAAUGA